AUCGCCGUAUUGUAUUGGUCGCCUUGGUGACCCGUAGUUGAGGAGAACCCGGAAGUUCUGACAGUUGAUAAUACUGCAGGUACAAACCAAGUCAGUAUCUGGUGUUUAAAUUAACUUCUAGGAGUUUACAUGUUACUAAUUUUGAAGCCGUGCUCUUGUUUUGUCUUAUUUAAGUAAUAUACUGUGAACAGGUAUAUCAAGAGCAACUUGUGCAUGCAGGAAAUACUACAAAUGUGUACAGAAUAAAUACCUGCAGUGCAAAUGUACAGGCGCAAGUUGGUCGAAAUUCGUCUAGGGUGAGGUUUAAAAGGGAGUUUUUUUUUUCCAGUUGUUCUUUUUUCAGCGUUUUUUUUUAAAUCUCUGCAUACAACUAAGCCAGAAAAUGAAAAUCCGUUCGUCUGUUUUUGCUUCUUUUUGUUUGAUAAUGGAAGUAUUUGGGAUAGCACUUUUUCUCCGAGGAUACUUCCCACUUCCUGUCAAGUCUUCCAUUUCAGCAAAGAGCAAGGUGGCAGAUCUCCCGACAGAACCUUUGGCAGGUAAUGUCGCAAACUGGACCAAGAUUCCGCCUCCAUUGUUUAAAAGAGUUGUCAUCGUGCUGAUAGAUGCACUCAGGGAAGAUUUUGUGUUUGGACCCAAAGGAAAACAGUUCAUGCCCUACACGAGUCAUCUGGUGGAGCGAGGGCCAUCUCACAGCUUUGUUGCUAAAGCAAGGGCACCCACUGUCACCAUGCCUCGUAUCAAGGCACUGAUGACUGGAAGUAUUCCAGGUUUCAUUGAUGUAGUCAUGAACCUGAACUCCCCUGCACUAUUGGAGGAUAAUCUGAUGUGGCAAGCCAAAAAUGCAGGGAAGAAAAUGGUGUUUUAUGGAGACGACACUUGGCUGAGACUGUUCCCAAAGCACUUUAUGGAGCAGGAUGGGACAACCUCAUUUUUUGUGUCCGAUUACACAGAGGUUGAUAAUAAUGUAACAAGGCAUUUGGAUACCACAUUAGAACGAGACGACUGGGAUAUCUUAAUACUACACUACCUUGGAUUGGACCAUAUUGGUCACCUGACUGGACCUCACAGCUCACUGAUUGGACCUAAACUAACUGAAAUGGAUGACAUCUUGAAGAAAAUACAUACAUCUCUAAUGUCUAAGGAAGAGGAGGGUUCCCUGCCUAAUUUAUUGGUGCUUUGUGGGGAUCAUGGGAUGUCAGAAACUGGAAGCCACGGGGGAUCCUCCGAACCAGAGCUGAACACUCCAUUGGUUCUCAUUAGUCCUUCUUUCAAAAGAAAAGUUGCUUUUGAAAUUCCAGAGACUGUGGAGCAGGUGGACUUAACUCCAACAUUGUCAUUCGGCCUUGGACUUCCUAUAUCAAAGAACAAUGUGGGGCGCCUUAUUCUUCCUGUACUGGAAGAUAACUCUUUGAGAGAACAACUAAGAUUCCUACAUCUCAAUGGGUUUCAGCUCAGCAGGCUGAUGAGAGACAGUACACCGGCUUAUGAAAAAGAUACAGGUUAUGAACAAUUCAGAAUUGCUGAGAGGUCCCAUGGCAACUGGAUGAAGCUUUAUUUAGAAGGGAAUACAUCAGAAGUUCUGAGCAACAUGGGAAAGAAGGUCCUCAAACAGUAUCUGGAUGCCUUGAAGUCCAUGAGCUUGUCACUUAGCAAGCAGCUGGGAAAGUAUGACAUGUACUCAAUGAUUGUGGGCACAGUCAUUGUACUACAGGUUCUUUUCCUGCUGCUUGUUAGUGUUGCAGAUGCAUUGAGCAGCAAUGCUGAACUCGAUUUACCCCUGUCAUCCUCCCUAUGUUCCCUGCCCUUUUACCUUCUGUGUCUGAUGUUCUCCGGAGUUCACGUUAUGGUGUGCACUUCAACAGAGAGCUCAUGCUACUUCUGCAGCCUGUCUUGGGCCCUGGUGUUUGCAGUAAUAGUCUUCGUUUCUGCCCUGCUCUGUGUGAUAUUGUCCAUCAUGGGCAGGAAAUUAUCCUGGGGGAGGCCUCAAACUAAGAGUGAGAGUUCUUCAGAUUCAGGCUUUUCAGAACUAGAUAUACUUCUACUGACUGGAACACUCGGACAUGUAUUGAGCCUGGCUGCCAGCAGCUUUAUAGAGGAAGAACACCAGACCUGGUAUUUCUUACUGAAUACCCUCUGUCUGGCAGUAUUCCAAGAUGUCUGUAGAAAGUACUUCAGCGAGAAAAGGAGUUACAAGGAUUUAGAAGACAGCCUGUACCAGCCCUCUAAAGAUGAACUGCUGACAUCUGACUACAGCUCAAAACCAUCCAGCACAUCAGCAGGCUAUGAGAAAUGGCUGGCCUUGGCCACUCCUUUGGUCACUCUGGCUUGUUGUCGGAUACUCCGCUCCCUAAACCAGACUGGAGUCCAGUGGGCUCACCUACCUGAUUUUGGACACUGGCUAAACAGUUCUGAACACCACACCGAGCUCUCGCUUCUGGCUGCCACAUCCCUGGUCCUGAUAUUUUUUCUUGUGCGGAGGAGGUGUUCCAUGGUCUCAAAAAUAGCUCUUGGAUUGGGGCUGCUGGGAGUCUACAGCUACCGUGCAGCAGUUGGAAAUGUGCUGUUUCCAUGGCAACAAGAAGGUAGAGCCAUUUCCAAGGGAAUCGUUGAAGCCCGUUUUGUCUACAUUUUUGUUCUUGGCAUCCUCUUUACGGGUGCCAAGGAUUUACUAAAGUCACAAGUCAUCACUUCAGACACCAAGACAAAGAGCAGAGGAUUAUGGGAAGUCUACAGUGGCAUGGUUCUGCUGGCUGCACUGCUUUUUAGGCCUCACAACCUGCCAGUACUGGUCUUCUGUCUCCUGAUUCAGACUAUAAUGACUCGGUUUAUCUGGAAGGGAUUACAAUAUGAUGCAGCACAAACUACUAUCAUGCAUUACUGGUUCGGUCAAGCCUUCUUUUACUUUCAGGGGAAUUCUAAUAAUAUUGCCACAGUGGAUAUUUCAGCAGGAUUCGUGGGCCUGGAGAACUAUCUUGAAAUUCCAGCAAUCUUUCUCACAGCCUUUAGUACUUACGCAGGCCCUCUGCUUUGGGCUAGCCACCUAGUUUGUUACCUGAACUCUGAAACAGAUCGGAGUUCAGCAGCGAUGGGCCAUGGUUGUUACUGCUUUGCGCUGUUGCGUUCAAUCCCAGCUGCAGUCUACAUCGUUCUCGCCACAUCCCUGCGAUAUCACUUGUUCGUCUGGAGUGUGUUCUCACCUAAACUUCUCUACGAGGGGAUGCAUACAUUUGUGACAGCUUCUAUUUGCGUUUUCUUCACUGCUAUGGAUCAAAACCGCUCUGUUAGGUCAUAGGACUAACAAAGCAAAAGCUUUUUUUUCACAUACUAGCAAUAACUUGGAAUAAAGCAGUAUAUUAUGUUGAUUUUACUGUUCUUGGAAGAGCUACAUCUACCUUAAUAAAACAUAGAUGGGGAUGUAUUACAAAACUGUGAUAUGUUUUAUAAUUCAAGCAGUUUAAAAACAAAGCAAUUAGGUUAUAUUUUGGACAUCAACUCGGUUUGACCAUCCAAUCAGUUUGGCAUAAUCUAUACUCCACUGUCUAUGUCUGGUGGAUUUCUCUAAACUGUUAAGAACCAUAUUAUAUAUCUGUAAUGAAUUUCAAAAAUGUAUAUGUAAUAAAACAUGAACAUUUUCUUUCUUGGGUCAGUACCUCCUAAUAAUUUAUUUCUCUCAGUCUCACUCUAGUGAGUCCUGUAUUUCUUUUCAUUUUUAGAAGCAAAAUUUGAAUUUUACAAACUUCUAAUGAAAACUUCCUGUGUGCUAUUUUUGUAUUGGUAUAGUACUUUAGUAAAUGUGCUCCCAGUGCCACUAUUUAUGGGCUCGUUCACUGCUUGUUUGCUGCCAGAUCUCUAGAAUGUCUAGAAUGUUGACCUGGUGAAAAUAUCUUCUUUAAGAGGAUUCAUUGACAGAUUCUAACCCUGAAUGCAAACAUGUUUAGAAGUUAUAAGCAUGAAACAAAAGGAGCUCUUCUGUACAGCAUCAGGAGCACUUUCUCGAAGUGACGCAACACUUAGCACAUAGACAGUGUCCAAAGUAUUUAUUACAGUAUCAGACAUGUCAGCUUCAUGCACCGCAUGAGACAAACUCAUUUGCAUUUUAUCUCAUUCGCAUUUUUAAGUUACAAGGAAAAUGCGUCAUACAAAUCUCAAUGUAGAGUAUGAAGAUAACAGAGUGAUCCUAGAGGUUAGCAAAAAAGGCAAGUACCUGUAUAUUGGUGUUUUAUACUAAAUCCAAUUUUGGCACACAAAAGUAUGGCAUUCAGAAGCCUG